UCUUGAUCCUUUUUACGUUGGCAACUGGCUUAUCUUAAAGGACCAGAGAUGACUAAAUAAGCUGAAUGUCCUUGUCAAGGAGUAUACUAUCGAGAAAAAUAGAAUAUAACUAGAAUAUAUCAUCAUAUUUGCCAUUUGGAAUGUUGUUGGUUCGUAACAUGGAACUGGAUAUUCUUUAAGCAGAGAGUAUAGAGUAAUUGGCGACCCGGAUUGGGAUCAAAUCUCACUGGGAGGCGGAGACACACACAUCAACAGAUUCCUGCGUCUAUACUCUCAUAUGAUUGCUGAACCCUUGUUGGAAGAGACAUUACUCUGGCAAAAUGAGUUUUUUUGGGUUCGGCCAAAGUGCCGACAUCGAGAUCCAGCUGGAUGGAUCAGACACAAGGAAGAUGGCAGAGAUGAAAACAGAAGAUGGAAAGAAGGAGCGAUAUUAUCUAUACUAUGAUGGAGAGAGUGUCUCAGGAAAGGUGAAUGUCUCUCUCAAGAAGCCAGGUAGUCGCUUGGAACACCAGGGGAUCAAAAUUGAGUUUGUUGGCUACCACUUGAAAGAUGUUAUUGUAGGCAAAAUAUACUUCCUCUUGGUUCGUAUCAAGAUCAAGCACAUGGAAAUUGCCAUCAUCAAGAGAGAGAUACCACAGAUGCCCUCCACAGGGGCUGAACCUCCGUCCCCACAGCAGUCACAGUCUCCCAUGCAUGAGGAGGCACCAGAAAAUGAGAGAGAGGAGUAAGAAGCAUCAUCAUUGACCAUAUUGUAGCUCCACCAUACUGGCAGCAUCAUGCAGGAUAUAUUUAUCUGUUUGUCGUAGAUCUUUAGUGAUUUUUAAUGAAUGAUGGGAAGAUUAUGCAGUUUAUCUUGAGAGCAGCGAAACAACAAAGAUAUUACAUUUUUUCCCUGCUAAAUAUAUAUAUUUUCUUAGUAUAGUCAGGUGAUUUCCCCAGUGAGAGGGCCAUGUAUAAUCAGAUGUUUAAUAAGUGUAUAGUAAUAUUCCUUAUCGUGUUCUUCUGUGUCUUUUUCAUUUUGUCGGGCAUAUCUGGAAUAUAUUUCUUGUGCCUGAUAUGAGGGUGGAUAUUAUACAAAUCAAUGUGUGCAGUCAGUAGAGACAAAAAAGAAAAAAAGAAAAAAGAGGCCAAAGUCCAUUACUAUUUCUAACACUUCUUUGGUUGAGAAUGAUUUAACUGCCAUACUUUUCUUACCUUAUUUUCAUCUCUAGCAGUGAAGCUUUUUUUCCAUUUAUAUGCUCCUUUCCUGUUUUCAGACAGACUUCUUUUUCACUGUCUAUUUUUGCAGCCUGCCCACUCUCUCUCUCUCUCUCUUUUCCCUUCUUUCACUGAUCUCUCGUUUGUUUCUCUUUUUAUCUUGUUUCUUAUCUCUUUCUAUACAUGUUUUGCUUUUUCUUUGUUUUUCAUCAAGCUGCUGGGGUUGUUCUUACUGACUGGAAUAUUGAUUUCUUUUAUAAUGUUAUUAUGGUAAUUGUUUUUUUUAUUUUUUUUUUCAAAUUUAUUAUUAUUUUUUUUUUCAAUACAAUUGUAUAUUGAUAAACAACUUAUUGCAUUAGCCAAACAGCUAAGCUUGACAUGUCCAACCCUACAUUUUAUUUGCUUACAUAGAAAUCAUAUUUUCCUAUAUUAUGUAGUCAUUCCAGUUACGUUGUUCAAUAUCAUGUUUUCGUGAUUGAGGAUUUGCCGUAUCAUCUUUUGAUGUGCAAGUUCUUCAUUAACAAGUAGGUUUAUAAGGGUCAUGAUGGUAGGUGUUGAUAUGAGAUUUUUCCUUUUUUUUUCUCCUUGGUUUACAAAUUUCUGUAAAGAUAAAAGGUGCAAGGGCUUAAAGCUUUUGUCAUGUUCUGAUGAUUUUGACUUGGAAGUCUAUCAAAAUGGUAAUGUAAUUUGCUUGUUCCUAUUCAUGUUAAAAUAUGUUGUAAGGUUGCUUUCUAGUAGUUAUUUUCAUGUAAAGUACCUACCUAUACUUUAAAAAGUGGCAACCUUUUAUUUUUUUAUCUUGAUUAUGAUGGUGAUUAUAUAUGUUUUUUUUUAUGGCAAUGUAAAAGGACAGUACAUAUCUGUGGUAAAUAAGUAUCUGAAUACGAGCUAUCUCCUUUUGUUAAUUCUAUUGAUCCAUACAGGCAAGUGGGCUGUUCAGUGCAAAAGUCUUUUAUUAAAGAUUAGGAAGCCAUUUUUACAUCUAUUUUGAGGAUGAAGUAUCAGUUUAAUCUUGUUUUGUAAAAAAAACUUGCGCAGUCUUACGGAACCUUGUUAUUGAUCUGUCUUUCUUUGCGAUGAAAUUCAAGUAAACCUCAUCAUUUUUUGGUUGGGAAAUAUAAAGACAAUUUAAUAGCUUUUGCUGGAAGUCUUUGCAAAGAGAGUGUUGUUUUCAGUUGUACAUAUAUAUUAUAAUUUCUUUGUGUCUAAGAAUUCUACUUGUAAUGUUUUCUGAGUGAAAUGUGGAAGGUGAAAACAUCUUGGUAAAUUUUCCCAGGAGAUUUUUUUUCCCCAUAAAAAUGUGUCUACAAAUAUAUUUAUAAAUAUGAGCAUACUGUGCAUACAUGUAUACAUAUACACUUGUACAUAUUUUCUCAAUUACAUACACAUCUGUCAAGACCUGCAUGUUACUCACAUACAGAAGAGACGUAAUCUUGUUAUGUAAUUUACUUUUUUUUAUCAUGUCAUCUUGCCUAUUCAUGUAUAAUGAAUAAUUAUUCAAUGAAGGAGAAUGGACUUUUGUGUAAGAGUGUAGAUGUCUGCCUAUUCAAAUGCAAAAAGUUCGUGUUAAAUAACUACAUGCAGUAAAGACCUUGUAGGGCAUGUUGGAUUAAUUCUUGACAGAGUUUUUCCUGCAAUGUGUGAGGCUCGGAGCUUCUCUUCUUUUUAUUUUUAAAAUUUCUUUAUUUUUUUAAUACCAAAAGCCAUUGGGAGCAAUACAUUCCUUGACCAGGCAAAUUUUUCUUUUAAUUUCACUUUGUAGCAUAGAAGGAAAGGACAAAAAACAAACAAACAAACAUAAAAGAGGAUAUUGAGUUGUAUAUUGUUAUUUGCAAUGUUUGUAAGAUGACUUUACACCUUUAUUUUUUCCACUCCUACCCCCGAUAUAAGUGUUUAAACCCACUGCUGCCAGAGAUGACAUGUAUGAACAUGCCGUGCCCACUGUGAAUUUAGUUUAUUAUUUGUCUUUAUACAUAGCUUCACAAGUACUUAGUGAGAAAGGAGUCAAUUAUUAGUACUACUCAUCUCACCUGUUUACCUUUUUCCUUGAUUUUCAGAAAUAUUUAUCUUUGGCUUAUAUUGCUUUUCGUAAUGUUACUGUAAUAAUAAUGGUAUUGUAUAUAAUAAAAAAUAACAGCAUCAAAAUUAAUGACAUUAGUAAAAAAAAAGAUCCAAAAACUCAAGGAAAUGUUAAACCCUGUGAGGUCAUGAGGUCUGCUAAUUAAUGCCUUGCUUGCUAAGCACUUGAGGAGCCAUCUAUUUGUAGAGAAAUUUCUCCAAAUAAAGCUUAAGUGAACAAUACAUCUUCUGACAGCUUUGGGUUAACUUCUUACCUUAUUCGUUAUACGUUAUAUACUUUUCUUAUACGUUAACUUUCGCCCAAUGAUUGGCCACUUGAACGUAAGCAACAGUAAAUUUAGAUUGGAGUCUUAGGAAAGUGAAAUUGUGUCCAACAAGCCCAUCUGAAUAUCUUGGGAGAUUUUAUUUCCAUUUCUUUUGAAAGUAAUUGCGUUAAGGGUUUUCAUAUAACUUCAUAUUCCCUCCUUUUAACUUUUUUUCUGCUAUAUUUGAGUUGAGGAGUGGAGAUUGCUGUACAACAAGAUUUGUUUUCCUAUCCCUGAUUAGGCAGCAACUAUAUUUUUAUGCGACACAUUAUUCAGUUUAUAGAAGCACUUUGACAAAGGCAAGUCCACAAAAGCAGGCGUGAUUGGCACAAGGGUAGGUACAAGUAGAGCUGAUGUAACAAGGCACACAAAUGCCUCAGUAAACAAGUAGUUUUCCUGUUGUUUUCAACACCUGUGAUUUCACUUUUGAUGGUGCCUCUGUUGUGUCUGCCAAUCAUGCCCACUCUAGGGGGCAGGCUUUAAGGGUGAGAUUUCAUUUGCAGUGAUGCAAAAGAAAUUGAUCCACAUAGUAUUGUAUAUGUUAACUAUAUUUUGUACACUUAAUUUUUGCAAAAGUAAAUUAACUGCAGCCAUACACAAACACACAAAAACAUCUAAUUAUAAUUAUAUUGUUACCUACUAACACUCGACUGACAUCAUACAUUAGACAUAACGCAAGCAAUACAUGCACAGGAAUAUGGAGUUUGUGCUCAUUUAUUUGCGUAAGUGUGCAGAGACAUUUAUUAAUAAUAAGUAAAAUGCUUGUGAAUACUUUCUUAUUAGCAUUACACUUGAAUUUUUACAGUGAAGUUGUGUCCGUACAGUCCCCUCUUUCCAGAUUUAUGAUUUGUAUCAGACAUUUGCAGGGUGGAAAGUACUGCCAGUACUUUGAUACUUGAAAAUUGGCCAUCACUUACCAAUGUAUAUACUGAAAGGCAUGGCAUAUCCAAAGUGAUAGGGAAAAAAAUUCAAACACAAGGUUCACUGAUAGCAGUACUGUCAGAACUGCAAACAAGUACAGGUAGCAUUAUCUAGUGGUUCUUUUUAUCAGCAUUUUUUUUGGACCAACACUACUAGAGCUACUCUCCCAGCAUUUGCAGUAAACCGUAGUCUAUGGCAUGCAGACCAGUUAAGUGGAGCUAACUUUUGAAAAUCAAAGUAUAGGUGGUACUUUCCACUCUAUACAUCAGAAACCAGAAAAACAAACAAAAACAAUACUUGCUUGUAGUGAUUAAGCUUUGGAUCAUGACAAUAUAAAUAGUAAAUGUAUAUUUAAUUUAUAAAUUGAAUUUCAGUUGCAUCCUGCAUAUGUAUAACUGAUUUAAAAGAACUGUAAGUAUUACUGAUAUGCGUCUUGGCUUCUUAACUGUGGUUUGUCCUUAUAGGUAUCCUGUUUGCAAGUCUCAUGGAAGAUGAUCUUCAGGUAGUUAUGAUAAUGGUAAUACUAGGUAAAAAAGCAAAACUAUUAACCAUUAUAUAAAUUUGAUUUAUCAACGUACCACAGUUCAAUGUUUUAUAUUUUUGACAAUGUCUGUUAAAAGUUAUUAUUGCUAUGAUCUCCCUCUUAGUUUCCAUCUAUAUUUUACAGUCAUUAGAAAACUCUUGUUAUGCCAGUACAUAUCUUGUGAUUUAACAGGGACAUACUUCCAUUACUUCCAUCCUUUCGUGUGGCUUUUUUUCCUUGUUCAUAAUCCCUCUUUUGGGGAAACCUGUGUCCAACCCUGUAAACUAUGAAUGGAUUCUCAUUUCAGAACUUUUGGCAUUUCAGAGCUUUAUUUUUACACCUGGAAAGCUUUGGAUUUUAUUAUAAACCAGUCUUUUCUUUUUAACUUUUAUAUGAACAGGAACAAACUUUAACACAGAUCAUGGUGAAACUAGCACACACAUGAACAGAUGCACCAGAAAUACAAGUACCAAAACAUGCAAUUUCUUUCUUUCUUUUUUCCAUUUCAAGCACUAGCAUUCUUUAUUUUCUUCAUUUUGCUUUUUGAGUGCUAGUACAAAAACUACUUGCCUCUUUCUUCUAGAAGUGAAUAUGAACACAGUUUCAGUUCUCUUCCAUUUGGAAAUUUGGAGCCUUACUCCCAACAGCUCUGUAAGUCUUAAAGCAAACACUGAGUUUAAGUCUUAUUGCUACCAUUGCUAAUUAUUCUCAGUUUUCUUUGUUAUUUAUCAGCAUCUGUGUAGAGGGGUUGGUUAUUAUCAUUUGAUGGUAUAUCAGGUCAUUACUAGGUAGAGACAUGACAGUAAACAGAUACACACAUCACUUAUGUUCGAAGUAGCCAUUCUUGUAUUGCAUCAGCCAUUAAAAGUUUUUAAAUGCAGAAUAAUAAUUUUUUGUCUGUUUUAUCUGAGAACCAAUUUUUUUGUUGUAUUGUGGAUUAUCUUAGCAUAUAUAAGUGUCUGCAAUUCCCAAUUCUCCCUAUUCUGCUGGUCAGGCAAUUUGCUAAUUUAUUGUACAUAAACUGAUUUAACUGGGUUUCUAUCAGCUGAUGGAUAUUUUUAAUGCUUUAUUUUAAGUACUGCUAUUAAAUGUAUUCUAUAUCAUGCCAUUCCCCCUUGUUAAGCAAAACUAUAACAUACUGUAGAUUUAAAAAAGUGAUGCUUAUACUGCUGACAAUCAUAAAAAUACAGCAAGUCUAGUCAAAAAUUAUUACUUGAAAUAUUCAUGUAGUGCUUCUGCAUAUUUUCUGUAACUGUCAAAAAGUUUUGGAUCUGUGACAUUUUAUUUUAAUAUGAAUGAGGAGUAUAGGGAAUAACAAUAUAUAAUUAGAGCAUGUAUUAAAGGAAAGAACAAACAGGCUAGGCAGAAAAGACAUGGGUGUUACAAACACAGUUACUGAAAAAAAAGACAAGCUGCAUUAUGCGCAUGCAUGUAUUCAUAAACAUGUACACACAUGAAGUUAGAUUAGAGUUAAAAUAUAUACAGAAAAUAUUUGAAGAAAAAGGAGGGAGAGAAAGGACCGAUCAAGAGAGAGUAAUUUCUGUAGAUGGGUUGCUAUCUGCCCUUCAUCAGUUAGCUCACAAGGACAGGCAUAUAUAGAUCAUAUAUUUUUGUUCCACCUCGUUUUCGUUUAUCACACUCAUGUUAUGGGAUGGUAGGCAGGCCCAUGAACUACGCUUGCAGGUGAUGAGUGCCAUUUGCUCCAGAGUAAUUUUCUACACUUUGUGAUUGUACAGUCCACCACUUCCAGUCAUUCUCGUUCCAAAAGCCAAUCUGGCACUUCAAUGUGGGGCCUCGGAUGUGAUGGGGAUAUUUCACUGCUUGUUGAUCUUACACUACUGUCAUCAUUUUUCUGUAUACUUUCUGAUGCAUUAUACUUGUAUAAAGACCUUUGUGUAUAGAAACAUUGACCUGGAUGAAAAUAAAUUCUUAUAAUAAUU